AUGUCUCUACUAUCCCUACCCACGGAGAUCAUCAGCAAGAUCUGUCGAUGCCUUGGCCUGGAGCGCGAUAUAGGUGGCUCCGUAUACUACAAUAACGAUGACCUGCAGUCGCUCCGCCUCACCUGCCGAAACCUUCACGCCAAGACUACUUUCGACGCCGUGGUCAGGUACGGACUAUUGCUAGAGGAGCUCGAGAUAUUCGUCGACUACAAGGGACUCUGCCAGCUGUUGCACAUAACUCAAAUACCCGCUUUUCGCGACCGCAUCAAGCGAGUGCUGUUCUAUUAUCCUAGGGUGACAAGUACGGUGGACGACUGCGAUAUUCCAUGGGGAUUGUCUCCGACCCGUGAAAUGCGCCGCGAAGAGAUUUCGACAUACUUAGAAUCCCCCGAAGCGGUUGAACUGCUAGCAGCAUGCUUCCGGAACUUGAAGCAAGCGACUUCUUUGGAGGAGAUUCCAGUACGGAGUACGAACUUGCACCGUAUCAUACAUGCCGCUUCAGCGAGGAGCGGCUUUGCAAGGAAGAAGGCAGUCUUCACAGUACAGCCUGAAAACCUCAGUAACGCUGAUCAUCGUACUCUGAUGAUAAAUCCUGCGGAUUGCUCACCAUACACCAAGGGUAUCGAAAUUAGCACCUCGACCUUACAUUACAUGUUUCUACGUCCCGAGAUCAAGCAGACAAUACAAGACGCCAAAAGGUGGAACGAACAUGGAUAUCAUUUGAAAGGCUAUCAGCCUGAUCACACAAAUCUAUCCCGACUUAUCGCAAAUCACAGUCAGAUCGAGACCCUUCGUCUGGACGGGUGCGAGACCCAUCCUCGCUUGAGAUUCUGCGACGGCUGCCAUGCAGUGUUUUCUAGGCACGUUGCUACUACACAUUACUCCAACAUCACCAGGCUGAGUCUCCACGCAAUCUACAUUAGCGGGGGUCAACUUCGACGUUUCAUAAAGCAACACUCAGCCACGUUGAAGGAAUUCGACUCCACAUUCGUAACGCUAACGGACGGAUCAUGGCGCUCGAUCGCCCAAGGCCUAUACAAGCUCCCAAAGCUAGACAUGCUACACUGGGCUCUUCUGUUCCAAAAGCAUGCAGUACCUCGUCUUGGGAGUGAUUCUCUGUCUGAGACAGAACUCAGACCAUUCUGUAUCGAUAGUUGUACUUGGGAGGGAACCUCGAACGUCAAGUGCUACCUUCAGUCCUUUGAGGAUUACUUCCGCACGCGCAAGUACUACAAGAAAACUAGGGGAAUUGGAAGUGGUGUCACUGCUGCGAAGACACGACCAAACUUCCAUGAAGCCAUCAUGUAUCGGUUUGCUGACGUGGUGAUGAAGCCUGCUGGAAUGGAUUCAGCCUACGCGAUUGAACGAUACGCGGAAGGAAUACUGGACUAG